AUGCAACAUUCCCGUCAUCUUUUACGACCAAUCGGCAUUGGCAAGUCCAUUUUUCAAGGUGUGGUGGAGAAGCCCAAAGGGUUCUGGACAGUCGAUCUGUUUAUGGAUAAGCUGGGCAACCUUCUUGUCCGCUUUGGUUGGACCGUCAGAGUUUACCAUUACGGGUACGCUGAAGUCAUGGUUGUGUCUGGAUCAGAUCUACACAAUCAUAGUUCCACUCUCCUCGCCAACGGGGUCAUUGAGGAAGCGCAGGACGUCUGCAUCGGUUUUUUCUUCUACAGAAUCCCACAUGUGAAGCGGGCGCGGCUCUCGCAGCGUCGCAUACUAUUCUUGGGGAGGAUCAGGCAAGAUAUUUUCAAGUAG